AUGGCGGCGUGUGUGAGUGGCAGUUCCUUGGAAGAUAAACUUCUUUGGGAAACUGUAACUCAGUUCUUCGAAAUGGUGCCUAUAAGAAAAAUGAAAUGGGGUAAUUAUACUUUUGAAGGAUCAGAACUGGGACCAGAAACUCAAAAGAAGGUUUUAAGUGCCACUGUAACCAGUCCUCUUUGUGAAAAAUAUCCACCCUCUCUUACUUACCAACGUAAUUUUGUGAAACAUUUCCUUCAUAAAGUAAGUAAUUUGUUACUAGUAACAGUUUUCUUCUAUCCUGCUCCUUCAUCUAAUACAGUGAGCCUUCAGGAAUCUGUUCACCUGGUGACACAAGGUACAACUGGAUUAAGCACAUGGCAGGCUGCUCAACAUUUAGCUGAAUGGUCCAUUGAAAAUAGCGAGGUAUUUCAGAAUAAAAAAAUUUUGGAACUAGGAUGUGGUCUUGGUUUGACAGGCAUAGUAAUUUGCAAGAAUUGCCAACCAACACAUUUUUGCUUUACAGACUGUCACCCUCAAGUAUUGUAUCUCUUGUCUAAGAAUAUUGAACUCAACAUGCUGCAAAACAAUCAAAGUGAGACAGACAAUACCCAGGAGGACAUUCACUUAUCACCUAUCAACAUAAAUAAUAAAAACGAUGAAAAAAUAAUGCGGAAGAUUCGUCGACAGCUUAGUUUAAGUGCUGAUAACAAUACUUCAAAUGACAUGACUGAUAUCAUUGAGAUCUGCCUGUCUCCAUCUACACCUCCUAGUGAUGAGAGUGAAAUCAUGCAGAAAGACCCUGUGGAAGAUUUUGCAGAUUUUGAGCUCUACUCUAAGUCAUGGAAGAAGGACUCUGAAAGCAAAAUUGCUACACUUAAAAAAAAUGACAAAAUUAGUGUUGCAAAACUGGACUGGGAGUGUUUCGAUGAUAGUUUUCUCAAAUGGUAUUGUCCAGAAGUUAUCAUUGCUGCAGAUGUGGUUUAUGAUACAACAGUAAUUCCAUCCUUGGUACUUGUGUUGAAAAAAUUACUGUCUGUUACUCUUGAGAAUGGUGAAAAGCCAGUGGCUUAUGUAGCAUCAACUGUGCGUUUAGAAGACACUCGAGAUCAGUUCCUGUUUACAUUAGGUGUUCAAGAUCUUCAUUUUGAAUCCUUGAUGGCACCUAAUGAUGAUAUUUUGCAUUAUGACCGUGCUGUGCCAAUUGAGUUGUUGAAGAUAACUGCAAUGUAAAGACAAGGACUGAUACAAGCAGACUGCUGGCAACCAGAUCUUACUUUUUAUCUCUGAUCAAUAUGAUCAAAUAUUUGUUGUUCAGUAUUUAUGUUGAUAUACAAGUUGUAGUAAUCAUUACUAUAUUUUUGUUUAUUAUUAUUAUUAUUAUAUUUUUGUUUAAUAUAUUAAGCUUGGUCGGCCGUCUUCUAUUUUCA